CUGACGCACGUGAUAACCGAUCAUCAGCCAGGUUGCCUAUGUCGUCAUUUUCACUUUUGUGUCUAACCCCGGUCAUGUGACAGUGUAUGGUGAUGACUUGACCACAGAUAAUUCAGCCCUGUCCAGUUACCAAGGAGAUGCCACAGCCCCGACCAAAGUCACACGCUCGUGACGUAAAGAUCGCGGUGAUCGGAAAUAACACCGUGGGAAAAACGUCAUUAUCUAUGCGCUACAUCUACGGGGACUUUCAUCCGGGCUACUUCCACACCAGAGGCGGCGAUAUUUAUCUGAAGCAAAUAAAAGUCCUUGAUCAACUUGUGAAUCUCAAACUUAUAGAUACAGCUGGCCACGCGUACCAGAGAAGCCUGAUUGGACCACUCUACAAAGACGCUGAUGGUGUCAUCAUCCAGUAUGACGUCACAAAUGAAAAGACCUUUAAUGCUUUGGCAGACUGGAUCAUCGCAGCUCGGGAUCAAAAAUGUCGAGAGGUAGUGCUGGUAGGUAACAAAAUGGACCUAUGUCAGAGCGAUCAACAGGAGCAGGUGACGAAGGACCUCAAUCUGAUAGCAGAUAAUCACAAUCUAAGGUGUUACCUUGUCAGCGCCAAGACGGGUCUCAAUGUGAACCGGCCAUUCAACAGACUCAUCCGAGAGGUCCUUCAACGACAGGCUGCUGAAUCUACCGAGGCGACGUCAUUACAACUAUCUCAACCAAAAGAAACACAACCCACUGGCUGUUUGGACUGUAUAUUGAGCUGACACAAUAGAAAACCCGCCACAUUUCAUCCUCAAACUCAGUUACCAGCACAGACGUACACAACUACUGCAGAAACACUGUUUUUCUACUGGUCACAGAACUCCGACAGUAUCUUCUCAUACUGCCAGAGAUUACCCCACAUAACGCCAGAGGAGCUUACCCCUCAUACCGCCACGGGAAACUACAAGAAUUUCAGGAACAUUGACAUUUUUGUUGUACUUGUCAAAAAGGAAAUGGUUGUAUACUGCAGUUUCAUAACAAAUCGAAUUAUAUAGAGUUACAGUGAAUAGUAUAUAAAUAUAUCUUGUAUUAACUAUUUUUUCUUUGUCUCAUACCAAAUACUCAAAUCUGAUUGGUCGAAAAAAUCUUUUAAUUUUUCUAUCAAAAUAUAUAGAGUUACAGUGAAUAAAGUACAUAUUGUUAUAAAACUUUCUAAGUAGGAGUUUAGGUCUUUUACAACUCUGUUCAACUUUUCAGAUGAUGCAGUGUUGCAAAGAAUAGAAAUAUAUAGGGUUACAGUGAAUAGAAUUUACAUGUUGUUACAAAACUUUUAAAUUGGGAGUUUAGAACAUUGACGACUCUGUUAAACUUUUCAUUGUGAAUGGUUAAAUAUCGCAUUGUCAUAACAGAUAUAAAUGUAUAGGGUUACAGU